CAGUUGUUACUUGGAUCAUUUCUCUGCCGAGGCUGUGUGGAAUCCACAGCUUUCAUUCUCUCUCCGAGUCUUUUCCUUAAAUACAGUUCACUGCUUCCUGCUGUCUCUGCGCUCUCUCGCCCGGCAGGAGCUUUUUUUCUUGAACAUGCAAGCGUCGUAUUCUGUGCGUACCCAAAACUGCUGACUCAAAGAACAAGGAGAGGUUUAUGGAAUAGCCAAAGUAAUGCUUUUCUCCUGCAGAUUUGUGUGAAAUUAAAGAGGACCAUCACAUGCCAGCUUCCGACUUUCUUCAAGGACCAAACAGCCAAAGACAAAACCACUGUCUCAUUCUUGUGACUCCUCUUCAAAGCCAUCAGGUUUUGGAUUUCCUGCACACCGUCAUUUCUGUGAAACCUUCUCCACCUGGAGCCGUCUCUGCGCCCCCCAUCUCGUGAUGGUCAGAUUCAGUUCUGAGCGAACAACCCCCUGUGUUCCAUGAAGAGGUUUGGCAGCCUGAGGAGGAGCAAGAAGAGCAAGGAGCAAGAUGGGUUAGGAGGGAGGCAUCAGUCCGAGGCAUCUUGUCUGUCGGCCUCUGGACUCUCCACACCACCCACCACCCCGACCCAGGUGGCCAGCCAGCCUGUGUUCACCCCGGAGGCCCAGCAGAGCGGGCCCAGCCCCGAGCGCCUGGAGCCGAGCUCCAGAUCCCGUUCCCACUCCACACCUGCGUACACAGGACAGCGUCUCUGCCUCCCCUCCACCAAACCCCCGAUCCCCUCCUCGAGCCCUGUGCCAGCGUACUCUACCUCACAUCAAGUGUCCGGGUUAUUCGAAGGCAUGCUGGAGAAACUUGAACUAGAUGGUGAAGCUGCUGAACCUGAGAGUGAUAUUUACAUGCGCUUUAUGAAAUCCCACAAGUGCUACGACAUUGUCCCCACGAGCUCCAAGCUGGUGGUUUUUGACACCGCGCUGCAGGUUAAGAAAGCGUUCUUCGCCUUGGUAGCAAACGGCGUGCGAGCUGCCCCACUAUGGGACACAGAGAAGCAAAGCUUUGUGGGAAUGCUGACCAUCACAGAUUUCAUCAUCAUACUACACAGAUACUAUAAGUCACCGAUGGUGCAAAUUUAUGAAUUGGAGGAACACAAGCUGGAGACGUGGAGAGAGGUUUACCUCCAAGCAACGUUCAAACCUCUGGUCAACAUAUCGCCCGAUGCAAGCCUUUUCGAUGCAGUCUACACCCUCAUCAAAAACAAGAUUCACCGCCUGCCUGUCAUCGACCCCGUCACGGGGAACGCACUUUAUAUUCUCACACACAAGAGGAUCCUCAAGUUCCUCCAGCUCUUUAUGUGUGAAAUGCCGAAGCCAGCUUUCAUGAAGCAGACUCUCGGGGAGCUCGGCAUCGGCACAUACCACCAAAUUGCGUUCAUCCACCCGGACACACCCAUCAUCAAAGCACUCAACAUCUUCGUGGAGAGACGAGUGUCUGCUUUGCCGGUGGUGGAUGAUUCUGGCAAAGUCGUGGAUAUUUACUCCAAGUUUGAUGUGAUUAAUUUGGCUGCUGAGAAGGCGUACAACAACCUGGACAUCACGGUGACGCAGGCUCUGAAACAUCGCUCUCAGUACUUCGAAGGAGUCAUGAAAUGCCACAAAAUGGAGACAUUGGAGACCAUUGUGGACAGAAUAGUCAAAGCUGAAGUUCAUCGGUUGGUGGUGGUGGACGAGCGCUCCAGCAUCGAGGGCAUCGUCUCCCUGUCGGACAUCCUCCAGGCUCUGGUGCUCAGCCCUGCAGAUGCCUGUAAGGAGGAGAACCUGACCGUGUACGAGGGAGGAAGCGUCAGCAGGAGCGGAGACGUGGUGGAAGUAAAUAAGUCUGAAUUUGAGAAAGUGUGCGGCCGAGCGAAGCCGGUCUGAAGGUCCCAAAGAGGAAGAAAGAAAGAGAGAGAGAGAGAGAGACGCCUGCUGCAACUGAUGCACCAUAGAGGCUUGGACACCAAAGAGCUAGACAGCUGAGUGAAGUGGACUCCCUGCACUGACGAUUGAUUUUCAGAUUGGUUUGGUUUGAACACUGAUCAGAUGCACACACAUUAUACUGUAUAUAAACACACACACACACACACACACAUACAGAGAUACAUUGUGUUUUCCUACCGGGGGAACGUCGAGACAGGUUCUCAUGAAUUAGGGCUUCAGCGUUUCGGGUUCGUACGGUUACGAUCGUGCUGCGGUCAUCGGCCGGUUUUUGCCACAUGUCGUAUUUUAAGCGGGAUCACGUGUCUCUUGCGGGACAACGCUCUUCUCCCUCAGUGUUUCCACUGCAGGGAGGUGAUGAACAGUCACAGGUGCAGCUUUUUGUUUGGUAGCAAAACUGCACGAUGUGGCCAUUUUACGACUGUUUGAAAAAGCGAUUAGCAAGUGUCAACAUGGAGCGUUCCAUGCCCAGUCUCUAUUUGUGCCUUUUGGUUGCCCCGCCCAAAGAAGGUUUGAUUGAUGUUGUCGGAAAGUGCAAUUAUUUGUCAUUUGAGAAACGGCUGCAGUACAGAUGUGUAAUAUGAGAAGUUGUAGGCAAAAUGUUCCUUCUUCUUCUCUGAGAAAUACAAAUUCUGCUGUAUAAGUUUUCCUUUUCUAAGUAAAACGCAAAAACAUGUUCUAAGAUCUUACUCUGAAAAUAAUCUCAGAUGAAAUCGAUGUCAUUGUGACGGCGUUCAGAUGCUGAGUGAGUUCCUCUCGCUCUUCUGACAUCAGUACAUAUUUAGACUCACUGAGGCUUUAAAGAUGCGUAUUUGAAAAUGAUGAUGGCAAGACUGAAAUGUGCUGUUUAGAUGUUUCAAACUUUUAUUUUCUGUGAUUUUACUGCUUCAGAUAAUCUUUUACUCAAACAUGCAAACCAACCGGUUGUUCUCCGCUGUAGCUCGACAGGACUCAUCUCCAUAUACGACUGUAAAUAGGAUUUUUGUUUUUUUGUUUUGUUUGUUUUUUGGGGGGGGAAACAUGUCACAGAAAGCUUUAUUUUUAUGAAUGUGUCAACCUGUUUAAAGAGACUUCAGUUUUAAUGUUAUUUUUGUAAAUAUAUUGUGGCAAUAUGUCCAGUUCUAAGAGACUUUGUAUCUGAUCAACAUGUACUGUAAAUGUAGAAGCAUGAGAAACCUACACUUCAGCAGUAUGAAUGUUCCUUGUUUUACUUUUUUCAAUUUUUCUGGGCUGCAGAAAAAUAAAUGGACACUGAAUGUACUUUAAA